UCUUUCUGCAGUCUUACUCACUGCUUUGUGCUGCACAGAAGAGAAGCCGAGGCCAGCACAUCCUGACUCAAAGAGAAGAUGAAGUCUCACUUGGUGUUUCAGGUCUCCUGUGUGACCCUGCUCUCACUGUGCUGCUCUGUGUGUCACGCCACACCUCUGUUCUACAACAUAUCCAUGGAUGGCAGCGGAGAUGAAGCCGAGCUGGAGCUCCUUUUCCCGGUGUCUUUCUCCACCCGUGCGCCUGUUCACGUUACCGCUGCUACCGGGGGUCCCACUCUCACCAACACCAUAACCACCACCAUGAUCCGUCUGAAGGACUACGUCCUGACCCGAGUAGUGGACUUCCUGCAGGAGAACAUGCUCAUCAUCAUCGUGGUGACCUCUCUUCUCAUUGUCAUGGUCUUCAUCAUCUGCUGUGCCUCUGCAAUGAGUCACAAGCGCAAGCUGGAGGCGUAUAAGCCCCUACCUCAUCCACCCAGGAAGUAUACGGCCGAUAAAGCCGGAGGACGCAAGGAUUCAAGUGACCUGCAGGAGAAACCGUACGCCGUCGAUCACGUCAAGAGGGUCCAGACUCAGAGCAUGUCCUCCCCGAAGAACCUGCGGAUGCCCUCUAAGGCACUGGUGGGAGAGAGAGGGAGAGACGUCCGGUCAUCACCUCGACAGGAGGUCAGAAAGGUCAGAGAUACAGAGGCAGUGGAAAAGCGGAGAGAGGAACCAAAACACAAAGAGAAGGUGAAGCACAGGGAGGAGGUUCAGCAGAGCUCCAGUCCCAGCACCAGCUCCAGCUCUAGCUCCAGUCAGCCAGUCUGCACCUGCCAUCUGAAAAAAGGCCACCACUAAGUCACAGUAGUGGGCUUUUUCUCGCCUCUUAAACAAGAUCAGAAACGGGCAAAGGCAAAAUGGGUCCUCAAAAUGUGUUUUCAUUAGAAUAGCCUUACAGAGGGAAAUAGGUCUAUAUUUAAGUGAAGUCAUGCCUCAUGAAGAAAA